ACUCGGGUGAGCAAUAAAAAUGGAUGCUCCAUUGAUGUUUGAGGUACUCCUGUACCUAAACAUCUACUACUUUGGUGUCUUCGCCGGAAGCGAACUGCUCAUCUUCUUUGCAAAGUUCAACAGCCCACUGCCGACACCCAACAUCAACAUAGAUGGAGGUGUUGUUGGUGGCAUCCUCUUUGCAGAGCUCCUGAAGCUUCUCAGUUUCCAGAAAGUCAGGCAGAAGAAAAAAGGAGCGGCCGAUUUCCUAGCAAUACUAUUCACAUCCGUCUCGAUAACUGGUCUACUCUACAUCUUCAUCCUGCAGAGUCCUGUCUUGAAGAUCGAAUUAAUCGUUUGCGGGAUCAUGUUUCUUCUGCUCACAACCGAAUUCAUGUUCGGUUUCCUGCAGUUCUUACCGUGCUGCAAGAAAAAAGAGUACUCCAACUAAAACCGUUAACAAAGAUGAAGAAGUUAACAAACAUGAUCAUUUGAUGUCGUCUUGUAGUUAUUGUACAGUAAUCGUAAUUACAUAAUCAAUGAAAAAUCAACCAAAGUAUU